AUGACUUGGUUAAUCCCAAAAACGACGAGCUGUGUGCAGUUAUUAGAGGAACUUGAGCACUUACCACCCACGGUGCGUCAGUCGAUACGGUCGAUCACCUUGGGCCAAAACCUGAUGGGGUUUGAUGAUGGGGAGAAUCAUCUGGAGGUGGCAUUGCGCUUAGCCGCUUUUCUUCUGGAUUGGAAGGAGCUAGAGACAAUCACGAUUGCAAUGCCAGAUGAUCUGUCAGCUGCGGGACAGGAUACGGGCAGCUAUGAUUACUGGUCAUGGGUUCUGCACGAGCCAUUGCUGAGAGCUUUUGCUCGAGGCCGGUGGCGAGAAGUCCGCCUGGCCCACCCCAAAACCUACACAGAUCCGAACCUCUUCCUCUAUCAUAAUAUUGAAUGCUACAUUGAGGACUGGAUUCUCCCUCUGGAGCCACGGCGCCAGCUGAAUCUACGCCGGUCCCGCUAUCGGGAGGACCAAUAUGCCAGCUGGGGAGGCCCACAAGAAAGCCGCCAUCAGCCUCAGGAUUCACUGGAGGCGGUCAACAAGGACUGCGAGCGGACUUGGGCGGAGCGAGGGAUUGUUAUCCAGGCGGAAAAUCCAGGACCAGGCGAGAUGGGAACCGUGCUAGCAGUGCGGUGGAAGGCUCCGUGGAUGAGGGAGCAUCGCCAGGCAGCGACCGCCCCCGCCCCCCUGAUAAGUCCAGACCUGAUACCGUGGUAA